AUGCUAGCGGUGAUAGAUUUUCUAGCAUUUAAAAAUUAUUAUGAUCUACGUGAAAAACGAUUUAAUGUAGGUGAACAAUCAAUUUAUUUAUUAGAAGAACAGCGAGUAGAGGGCGGCGUCAUAGAACAAGAGAAAAAAAUAGUUGUCCCGACUCUUACCCGGUCGUUGGGCGAGGAUUUCUCGCUUCAACUAUAUGAAGCACAAGCAAAAUUAACCGAGGAAGAAUAUCAAUUAUUAAAAUUAGGUCCUCGGCUUAUUUAUAAUGAUCCAAAAACGGCAUCUCGACGACGUACAACUGAAUUGGCUACUCUUAAACGUAAAAUUGAAGUUUGA